AUGAUGCUCGAAGCGAAGGGAAUCGAAUCUUUGUGCGGGCCGUUUGUGUUCGCUUGCCUCUUGGUUCCGCUCUUUGGAGAGGGAGUGUGCGACCAAUUUGGCGAGGAAGGCAAAGUGACGGAAAGAAGCGCACCCUUGAUACUUUGGAAAUGGUCGCGCCUGCUUGCCGAUGCUCUGUCGCAACUUGAAGGCGAGGUGAUUGUUUGGGAGAACCGAAAGAAGAAUGAUCGAGGAGCUGACUGUCUGACAUCGGCGGAUUGUGUGGAUUGCAGAGUUCCCAAUUACGGACCUGACUUCUCAAGUCACAAGUUUGCCAAGAAAGGUGGCCUCCGAUAUGAAGUAGCACUCUGCAUUCAGACGGGACAUGUGGUGUGGAUCAAUGGCCCAUUCCCUUGUGGCAAGUAUAAUGAUAUCAAAAUCUUCAGGCGGGCCUUGAUCAGUCAUCUUGAAGAUGGUGAGCGGGUUGAAGCUGAUGAUGCGUAUGUUGGAGAGCAUCCUGAAUUCAUCAAGUGUCCCAAGGGCUUUGCAAAUCCUGAGGAGACCGAAGCCAUGUAG